AUGGCUCUUUUUGGACAAAAUGAAACUAAAACAAAAAUCUCCCACCAAAAGAAACACAGAUUUGGAUGGUAUGGCCACCGUCCAAAUCAACACUUGACAGCAGGAUCUCCUUCAAGUGUUGUGGCAAGCGGCGUCGUCCAAGAAAAAGAGGACAUCUUUGGUGAAGUCCCCGGGGAACAUGGACGGCUCAGGUGCCGUCUCCGGGCACAGUUGACGGCCCAGGGGCUUGCGAUCGGAAAAAUGGACGGCACAGACGCCGUCCAUCUUAAGCAAGACAGCACGGUCGCCGUCUUGCUUUUUCCUGGCCGUUAG